GGUUACUCUAUCCAGCCACUCUGAAAAAGUCCCAACCGCGGACGGCCGCGGUACUGUGGACCAGCCCGGAGUUCCGAUGGCGGCGCCUCCUCUCGGCCCUCUCCUCAGAUGGGGCGCCUCCUCUCUCCGCGUCCACUCUGCCUCUCCUCCGACGCGGCGCCUCUUCUCCGCCCUCCGACGACCCUCGGCUGUCGUCCGCUGCGAACCUGGCUCCAGGGUCAUGCUCAAGGGAAUGGAUUACCCGGAACUGGAGAAAUGGGUUCAGUCACAGGGAUUUCGACCGGGGCAGGCUAUGAUGCUGUGGAAAUGCCUCUACGGGAACAACGUCUGGGCUCAUUGUCACGACGAGCUGGCUGGCUUGAAUAAGGACUUGAGGAAAAUGAUAUGCGAGCUUGCUGAUCUCAAGGCAUUAACUGUGAAAGACAUUAUUACUGCGUCCGAUGGAACAAGAAAGAUACUGUUCUCUCUUGAGAACGCCUCGGUGAUUGAAACAGUUGUCAUUCCUAACGCCAGGGGUAGGACAACGGUCUGUGUUUCUAGUCAAGUGGGCUGUGCCAUGAAUUGUCAGUUUUGCUUCACUGGGAGGAUGGGUUUGAGAAAGCAUUUGUCUACAGCUGAGAUAGUUGAGCAGGCUGUGUUUGCUCGUAAGCUAUUUUCAGAUGAAUUUGGAUCCAUUACAAAUGUUGUAUUUAUGGGCAUGGGUGAGCCAUUGCACAAUGUAGACAAUGUAAUAAAAGCAUCAGCUAUAAUGGUUGAUGAGCAGGGCCUUCAGUUUAGUCCUCGCAAGGUUACUGUCUCCACAAGUGGUCUUGUUCCACAGAUAAAACGCUUCCUCCAUGAAUCCAAGUGCGAUCUGGCCGUGAGUCUUAAUGCAACAACUGAUGAGGUUAGAAACUGGAUAAUGCCCAUUAACAGAAAGUACAAUCUUAACUUGCUUCUUGGCACUUUAAGGGAGGAGCUUCGUUUGAGAAGAAAGUCCAUAGUGCUAUUUGAAUAUGUUAUGCUUGCUGAAGUGAAUGACAGCAUGGACGAUGCGAAGAGGCUUACAGAGCUGGUUCAUGGUAUCUCCUGCAAGAUCAACCUCAUCUCUUUCAACCCCCACAGUGGGUCCCAAUUCAAGCCCACACCAGAUGAGAAAAUUAUCGAGUUCCGUAACAUUUUAAUCCAAUCUGGCCUUACAGUAAUGGUUCGGCUAAGCAGAGGGGAUGAUCAGAUGGCUGCCUGCGGGCAGCUAGGAGAGCCUGGGGACUAUCAGCUGCCGCUGCUCCGUGUACCCGACAAAUUUCAGGUUGCCUUGUGAUGCUACAUAUUGGAGUACACUAGUACAGUCAUUAGUAAAAACAGGUCUUGGAGAACAGCUUGACAAAGAAGACAAGGUAGUAAUAUGCAUGUAAUCAGGAUAGUCAUACAGCUCCGCUGCCAACCUGAAGUCAUGAUCUCCCUGAGCCAACCUGAAGUCAUGAUAUCCCUGAGCCAAUCUGACGACUGUAAAAAAAAAUCCCGAAUGGCGUCUAUAUUUGGAUGGCAAGUUGGCACGAACAGUUUGUAUUUUUGUUUUUUCCACUUUGAUGCAAGGAGGGCUAGGUAUCAAAUAAAGACGAGACUUGAGCGCGUGA